UAUAGCUGCCAUCGGCUGGUCUAGAGAAGACACAUCAGCUGAUCCUUUGGACCCUCUGACUUAGUACAGGAAGGAGUUCUAGGCUUCUACUGCUUCGGCCUAGCUCUGAGACAAUGAAUGCUACACACUGUAUCUUGGCUUUCCAGCUCGUCCUCAUGGCUGUUUCUGGCUGUUACUGCCACAGAACACUCAUUGAAAGCUUAGAAAGUCUGAACAACUACUUUAACUCAAGUACCAUAGAUGCCAUGGAGGAAAAGAGCCUCUUCUUGGAUAUCUGGAGGAGCUGGCAAAAGGAUGGUGACAUGAAAAUACUUGAGAGCCAGAUUAUCUCUUUCUACCUCAGACUCUUUGAAGUCUUGAAAGUCAACCAGGCCAUCAGCAACAACAUAAGUGUCAUCGAAUCACACCUGAUUACUAACUUCUUCAGCAACAGCAAGGCCAAAAAGGAUGCAUUCAUGAGUAUCACCAAGUUUGAGGUGAACAACCCACAGAUCCAGCACAGAGCUGUCCGUGAACUCAUCAGAGUGAUCCACCAACUGUCUCCAGAAUCUAGCCUCAGGAAGCGUAAAAGGAGUCGGUGUUAAUUCAGGGGUAGAGAUUGUCCCAAUCAGAAUAAUUCUGCCAGCACUAUAUGAAUUUUUAAAUCUAAGCCUAUUUAUUAAUAUUUAAAAUUAUUUAUAUGGAGAAUAUAUUUUAGACUCAUCAACCAAAGAAGUAUUUAUAGUAACCACUUAUAUGUGAUAAGAAUGAAUUUCUAUUAAUAUAUGUGUUAUUUAUAAUUUCUGUAUCCUUGAGUAUUUCUCUUUGAUCAAUUAUUCUUUCUGACUAAUUAACCAAGACUGUGAUUAUGAGGUUGUAUCUGGGGGCGGGGGGCAGCCAACUAGCUGACUGAACUCAGACUGUGGCUUGCACACUUACCUCGCUUGCCAAUGGGGAAACAUUCAGAGCUGCAAUGACCCUGUGAGGUACUGCUGAUGGGAGGAAACCCCGGGCCAGCGCUUUAAUAGCAGGUCAGACAGCACUUCAAUGUGUCAGAUAGUACAGGCUGUCCCUGGAGGAAAGCAGUGUCUCAGGAGAUUUUACACCUGGUGCUUCCAUAUACUGCAGAAAACUGUGACUACACCCAAAUGACAAAUAACCCGCUCAUUUAUAGUUUAUCACUGUCUAAUGGCGUAUGAAUAAAGUGUACUUUCGCAACCAA